AUGGCGCCGAGCGGUCCCAACUACUUCUUCUCGCGCGGCUUACUCGCUGCGUCUUUCUCCGCCCUGGUCCUGUCGGCAGAAAUCGAUCGGCAGCCAAGUGAAGUCGAGGCCCAACCACUUGACUUCGACUAUGACCUCCGUACGUUGGCCCAGGAAAGUCGAUACAACGAGACAGCGGCGUUAGUGCGCGACACGGAGCUCUUCCAACCACCCAACUUGGAGCACGUGUUGACGAACCAAGCAGUGAAUGCAGAAGACAUGACCGUGGGCCCAGACGGCGUGGCAUACGCCGGAUUGGGGGAUGGACGUAUCGCGAGCUUCGAAGUUGAUUCCAACGAAGUGCGGAAUUUCUCUCGCACAGGCCAAGAUGUUCCGGGAUGUGGGACUCCGGACUUGGAACCGAUCUGUGGACGGCCACUUGCGAUCAAGUUCGCUGCUGCGCGUCCUUUUGCCAAGUUCAUCCAGCGGAUUCCAGCUGCCAAGUUGUUUCCAGGAGACUUUGUGAUGCUCGCGAUCGACGCUUACCAGGGCGUGUUCCUCUUUGAUGCCAAUGGAGGGCGCACGCUGCUCUUCAAUCAAUACGCCGGCCUUCACGUGAACUUCCUCAAUGCACUUGCCGUCGUGCAGGAGACGGGCGAGAUUUACGUGUCGGACUCGUCUCGUCGCUUUCAGAACGCUCAAGUCGUAUUCGACUUUUUGGAACGCCGACCGACGGGGUAUUUGCUGCGAUUUGAUCCACGGGACGAGAGCGUGCACGUGGAGGCGAGCGGGUUGGGAUUCCCGAAUGGCCUGGCGCUUGAAAAAGAUGGCUCUGGGCUACUGAUUGCCCUCGAGUUCCAGAACAAGAUUGUGCGUUUUGAUCGAGCGACCAAGCAGAUCAAGGACUUUGCUUUCUUGCCGGGUACACCAGACAACAUUUCGAUUGAAAAGGUGGGUGCAGGAGCAAACGAGACGGAUGUGCUGCUGGUGGGACUCAUUAUACGAGUCGAUGGUGGGACCUUCUCCCAAAUCAUACAGAACGCCGAACUACGCAAUCUGCUACUGCAGCUGCCAGCGUCGGUGACGUUUAGCUUCAUCGAUCGUCUUGGCGUGUUUGCCUCUGUAGACUUGGAGACGGGCGACGUUCGGUACGUGUACGAAGCCUCGCAAGGGCAGACGCCGUUGGUUACGGGUGCGAAGCGUUUCGGCGACUACAUCUAUCUGACGAGUUUCCUUCGAUCUUCGCUCACGCGGAUCCCAGCAGCAAUGGUGCAGUAG